CGUUCAAUGACGUGAAGAGCAGGUAUGCAUUGUGCAGCCGAGUAUUGACUAGUCAGUUGUCAACAAUCAAUCAGCCAGCAUUUUUUCCACACCAAUUCGAUUUUCUGCUCCUUGGAUUUUUCACCAAGGUACGUCGAGUCUUAACGGAGCAACUCGGUGAACUGAAGGAGAUUGCGCAAGCGGAUAAACCGUGCAGCGUUGAGCGUGGUUCGUGUUGAAGCAAGGUGAACGACUUGCGUACGAUAAGCGCCUACUGAACUGCCUGUGACAGAGUGCGAAGGACUGCGCGCCAUCAUGACGUCCGGAGUUGAUCCAGAUGCGGAGGCGGGUGCGGUGACGUUGACGUCGCGGGUGGUGGCGAGCGGGCGCCGUCGUGUCUACGGGUGGGUGAUCGUGGCGGCGGCCUUCUUCUGCUCCUUCGUGGUGGACGGCGUGGCCGGCUCCAUCAGCAUGUUCCUCGACAACUUCCGCGAGGUCACCGCCGACUGCCAGAAGGAAGCCGGCAACGGCACCAGCACCGGUCAGUGCCUGUCGUCGUCCCUGACCUCCCUCGUCGGCAGCUUCCUCUACGGCGUCUACCUCCUCAUGGGCCCCAUCGCCUGCUCGCUGGCCGACACCUUCGGCUACCGGUUGAUCAUCUUCAGCGGCUCCCUCAUCGCCGCGUCCGGCUUCGCCGUCAGCUUCUUCGUCAAUAAUCUCUACGUCCUCAUCGUCACCUACGGCGUCAUUGGAGGCAUGGGAUUCGGGCUGAUUUAUUCGCCCUCGAUCAUGUACGUGUGCGCCUACUUCAAGGAGGGCAACGCGCUGGCCGUGGGCCUGACGGUGUGCGGGUCGAGCGUGGGCGGCAUGGUCUUCCCGCUGAUCGUGACGGCGCUGCUGCACAUCUGGCACUGGCAGGGCACCAUGCUCUUCCUGGCCGGCGUGGCGCUCCUCUGCUGCGUCGCCGCCGCCGCCAUGUUCGACCCGCAACACAAGGCCCACACGCAGCCGCUCAGCGUCCGCCCGCGCGGGGGCGGCUGCCUGCCGCCGCUGGUCAAGGAGGCCCUCCACGACAUGACGCGAUUGAGCAUCUACCGGCAUCCGGCCUUCCUCCUCUACAGCAUCGCCAGCUUCAUCGGUUCGUUGGCGCUGUUGACACCUAUCUUCUUCCUGCCGGACCUGGCGCAGAGCCUGUACGGCAUCACGAAAGACACCUCGGCGUACACGAUGACGGCGGUGAACUGCGCCAAUUUAGCCGGGAGGAUCGCUUGGGGCGCCGUGAUCGACCGCAGCGGCUGGGAUCCGCUGAAACUGCACAACGCCUGCAUCCUGCUGGGCGGCGUCUGGCUGGGCCUGCUCCCGGUCUGCGGCACCUUCGCCGGCAUGCUCGUCGACGGCGCCGUCUACGGCUUCUUCAUCGCGCCGUAUAUUUCGCUGAUGGCGGUGAUUUUAUCGAGUCGACUCGGUCCGGAACAACUGCCGCUGGCCUUCGGACAGACGCAGCUGCUGGCCGGCAUCGCCAGCAUGCUCGGACCGCCCAUUGCCGAGAUCAUCAGCGGCGCGCCGGCCUUCUACAGUUCCGGCGCGUUGUGGAUCGUCGCGGCGCUGAUCGGCAGCCUCAUCUUCCUGCUGCCGAAAAGCGGCAAGUUGUCCGUUAAACAAGAGACAUCCGGCGACCCGACCAACGCCGUGCUGGAGAGCGCCCAACUCACCGCCGUCGUCGAUGCUUAAAAUCAUUGAAAAUCAAUAUCACUGUAGUAUAUUUUUGUACCAAUUUCCUGUUAAUAUUAUUAUUAAUCAAUGCAAUCCGUUCUCCCUGCGAAUCCUCACUGUUGCGCUCAGCUUCGAAAUGUUUUUUUGGGAUAAUUUUCUUGUUGCGCUAAUUUAUUUAUUCGAUUGUUGUUCCUGUGGUUUUUGGCUCGGCUAACGCGGACGUUUUCUUCGAUGCGCACAAUUGUGGUGUUUUUGUCAGCUGUAAUUUUCCUGUCGUCAUCACUGGACGCAGUAAUAAUAAAUUGACUUGUUUAUUAUUUAUUCC